AACCUGACAGCAGGAAAUACACGGAGAAGGCGGCGGUUCAGACUCAGACAGACAAGCAGAAUACAACGACGGCGGCACUGCUCGUAAAAUUUUCACUGCCUAAUAGUUGCUUAUAGCUGUCAUUUUAGUCACAAAGCUAACAAAGAGCUAGAUAUUUGGAACCGAAAUAGCACCGGCGGCGAGCGAUGCACAAGAUGCCUAGUCAACUUGAUAACAUGACGUCUAGAAAGAGGAAGAGCAGCUCUGAGGUCAGAGCCUCUAGAAAGGUUUCAGCUUCGGAGAAGAAAAACCGUAAAAGCCAGAAGAUGCAUUUGUCACCAGAGGGCAGUUCAGCGCUGAGGACAUCCAAAUCCACAGAUAAACUGUCUCGUAUCAGCUGCGAAUGCCACGAGGCUGCUGACAGGAGGAGGUGCCUGGGUUCACCCGAGCUCGAAGGUCAGGAGGGCAAAGAGAACGAGCUGAGGUCAGAGCAGGAGGUCAGCAGCUGCAAAGCUAACAGCGUCUUGGAGGAGCAGGCUCCUGAAUGUGUGGAACCCGAAAACAGUAGCAGAGUCUUAUUCCCAGAUGACGACAGUAAUCAAAUCCUUCCUGUGGAGCAGUUCUUUGGGAACUUGGAUAUUGUACAGGACUUUCCUCGGAGAUCACCUGCUACUUCUCCCAGCGCUCGAAGGAAGGAGAGGUUUCGGCAUUACUACGCCCAGGAAGACAGCGAUGGCGAAGAGGUGAGCCACGGCGCCCUCCGACGAGACGACGGACCCGGCACUUAGAGAAGAGCCGGUUAAAACAGAACAACAUCCCAGCACUUUGGAAGAAGCGACAACAAACUACCUGCUCAGAUGCUGCAUUCAGUCGGUCCUCUUCAUCUGUCGAAGUCUCAGCGCCAUCACUGAUGUGAGGAUAAUGAAGGAUGGUUAGUGGUACUGGCUGCCAAAGGAAUACUUCAUUGGCAGUGUUUCUAGCGGUGCUAAAGUGCGAUUGUAAACGCGGAAAUGUUCUUCGCUGAAAGCAUCCGGUUUGGUGCCGGAUGCUUUCGUGCCGUUUACUCACAUGCCAACAAUCAGUAAAAAAAAUUAUAAUAUGUAAGCAAACACAAGUGCUUUGUUUUGAAACUGUAUAUAGGGUCGCAUAUACUCUCAUAAAUCCACGCUCGGUUGUAGCCUACCUUUUUCAGAGCGCUCAGCGGCACUUCAGGAGAUAUUUUAAAAAAAAGAACAAAAUAUGAGGAGGACAACAGAUUGACUAGAAAUGCACCAGUCAGAAUUGUGCUGCUAAUUUCCAAUUUUUGUAAAGCACUAAGCUCAAGUUAAUGCUGAUUGUAGCCAAUUAAGUUUUCUCUCCAAGAGAGAUCCAUUUUUUUGUCCUUCCAUAAGCAUCUUAAAAUUGAAAGUGUUGAGUCUUCUUUCUUAACAACUUCCAUGCUGAACAGUGUUAUUGCAACACACAGCCUGGUUUUUUGUUGCACUUAUUGAUGAGGUAAAACAAAACAAAACAAAAAAAAGAUUCAAUUUGACUGGCCAGAGCCAGUCAAGUU